AUGAAGUCUCAUCACAUUGCCAAAGAAUGGAAAGAGCUUAGUGGUGAAAAUAAUUGGGAUGGCCUCUUAAGCCCCCUCGACAUGGAUCUUCGACGAUAUGUUAUCCAUUAUGGAGAAAUGAGUCAAUCGACUUAUGAUACUUUUAAUAGCUCCAAACUAUCAAAAUAUGGUGGUAGUAGUAUUUACUCAAAGAAGGAUUUUUUCUCAAAAGUCGGACUAGUAAAGGGAAAUAAUGAUCCAUACAAGUACCGCGUUACAAAAUAUUUGUAUGCAACUUCAGGGAUAGAUGUGCCUGAUGCCUUCAUAUUGAAGUCAUCAUCUAGAGAGGCAUGGAGUAAAGAGUCUAAUUUUAUAGGGUAUGUAGCUGUGGCGGAGGACACGGCCGUGGCGUCCUUGGGGAGGAGAGACAUAGUUAUAGCUUGGAGAGGGAGUAUACAGUCUUUAGAGUGGGUUAAUAAUUUGCAAUUUCUUCAAGUUUCAGCUUCUGAUGUUGUUGGAGAUGGUGAUGUUGCUGAUCAUGAUAAGGCUAAGGCUAAGGUGCACCAAGGAUGGUACUCUAUCUAUACUUCGGAUGAUCCUAGGUCUCCAUUCAACAAGACUAGUGCUAGAGAUCAGGUUUUACUUGAGAUCCAAAGCUUGAUGGAACAAUACAAGAAUGAAGAGAUUAGCAUAACAAUAACAGGCCACAGUAUGGGUGCAGCACUUGCAACACUGAACGCGGUUGAUUUAGUUGCUAACAACAUAAAUAUCCCUAAAUCUUCCCCGAAAAAUCCAUGCUUGGUAACAGCCAUAUUGUUUGCCAGCCCCCGUGUAGGAGACUUCAACUUUAAAAAUAUCAUCUCAAAGUAUGAUCACAGUCUUAAGCUCUUAAGAGUCUGUAAUGCCCUAGACGUUGUCUUGCAUUAUCCACCAAUUGGCUAUUGCCAUGUUGGAAAGGAGCUGUCGAUCGACACAAUCAGAUCUCCGUACCUCAAGUUCCCUGGGAAUUUCUGGACUUGGCACAAUUCAGAAGCUUACUUGCAUGGAAUUGCAGGAGGUCAAGGUAGUGAAGAAGAGUUCAAGUUGGUAGUAGAUCGUGAUCUUUCACUACUUAAUAAGCAUUGGGAUAAUCUAAAGGACGAGUACCUCAUCCCAGCUUUUUGGUGGACUUUGAGGAAUAAGGGCAUGGUUCAACAAUCAGAUGGUUCUUGGCUUUUGAUGGAUCAUGAAAUGGAUGAUGACAAUUAUGAACUUCAGACCUAGGUAGCACAAUUCAUUCUUCUAUUUGCCUUGUAUUUUUCAAAUAAACAUAAAGUCCUUUCACUACACACCAAGUGUUCGGAAAAGAAAAUUGUCACAUUAUCUCAACCACUUUCAAAGUAGUUGUUCGCUUAUGUUUGUUUUGCAAAGAUAAUAAGUCUCUAGGUAUUUAGUGCCAGAAACGAGCUCUAACGUCUCAAAAUGUGCAGCAAUUAGUCUUUGCUACAAAAAUGUGAUCAUAUAUAUGUACAUACAUUGCAAUUGACUUGAUAUGGACGAAACACAAUCACUGUACAGUGUACACACUGCAAUUGAAAAAUGAACCUUUCAGUUUCAACUAUCAAAAGUGCAAAUCAGAAUUAAUGGACCUAAAACUGUGUACAGAAACAAUCCUCGCACUAUUCUGAGUCACCAACAUCAUAAAUGGAAAAGGCAAACAAAGAAAUAAUCAUAUAUAACACGUAUGAAAUGAGAUCUGAAAACUGGGUUUGGGUCUCUACCAUACACAAAGGGCAACUAUUUGGAGUCAAUAUAUUACUGAAUGAA